CCAUCUAUCAGCGGAGUAGCCUUCAUGAUUUCAACUGCCUUCGCUUUGUAGUCAGCAUAUCUUUUUACACGAUGAUUUGGCAAACCAGAGACUACAGCGAGAAAAAGGACCGCAAAUAUAGUUUGUAGGCCUUGCAUACUUAGACACAGAGCUGAUACCUGUUGCGUGUAUUUUGCGUGGGGUAUGCGUGAUUGUCCGUUAAGCCCUAGUGAACAUUUAAGGGAGCAUUGCUUAAGGGGUUGGCCUUUGAUCUCUCUCCCCUACGGUAGUCCUACUGCGUGACAUUUAUAUCAUGCGGCUCCUGAGCAAUGCUCACGCAAUGCAAAUGUGGCUGAUUUGCCCGUUAGGAGUGCAAUAGAGAUGACAUGACUCCCCCGUUUCCUGCGCCUUCACGCAUGAAUGAUAAUCCACAGUGCUUAAGUCUGCAAAAAAAAUUAAUUGCCUCGUUGGGGAAUAAGUGUGAUCAUGAAUCGAAAGAAUUUACUCAUCAUUGGUGCUGUGGUUGCCAUCAUACUAGUUGUAGCCAUAGUCUUAGCUGUUGUGCUGAGUGGAAAGGACGAUGAUGACAAAGCAGAGAAAGCAACGGUUCGACAACGUGUCAUGGCUGCUUUGGAAGACGUCCCACUAAUAGACGGACACAAUGACCUGCCAUGGCAGUUUAGAAAGAAAUACAUGAAUCGUYUAGCCAACAUAACGAUCGACACAGGAAGCCCGCGCUUACACACUGAUAUACCAAGGCUAAGGAAGGGAAAAGUUGGAGCGCAGUUUUGGGCAGCAUACGUCAGCUGUCGUAAUCAAUACAAGAACGCUGUGCGAAUGUUCCUUGAACAAAUGGACGUCAUCCACCGAUUUACCGAAAAGUAUCCCGACACCUUCGUGUUUGUUACCACCGCGCAAGGUAUUCUGGAUGCUCACAAGAAUAAGAAGAUUGCGUCAUUAAUUGGAGUCGAGGGGGGUCAUGCUAUUGACAGCAGUCUAGAUACUUUACGCAUGCUCUAUGACUUGGGAGCUCGUUACAUGACUCUUACGCACGGAUGUCACACACCAUGGGCUGAUUCGUGUUCUCCAAAGAAAGCAGAACAUAAUGGUUUGACUGACUUUGGAAAGAUUGUUGUGCAAGAGAUGAAUCGAAUGGGAAUGUUUGUUGAUAUUUCUCACGUCWCGGCGAAGGUGAUGCGCGAUGUCCUUGACGUGUCCACUGCACCAGUGAUUUUCAGUCAUUCCUCGGCGUACGCCCUGUGCAACAAUUCUAGAAAUGUACCAGAUGACGUCCUGRAGAGAAUGCCGAAAAAUGGUGGCGUUGUUAUGGUGAACUUCUACAACAACUUCGUGACGUGUAAAAAUAAUGCGACUUUGAAUGACGUAGCAGAUCACUUCGAUUACAUUAAGAAAGUGGCAGGAGUGGACUACAUUGGACUUGGAGGUGACUACGACGGCGUGCCUAGAGUCCCGACUGGACUAGAAGAUGUAUCCAAGUACCCUGCACUGUUGGAAGAGCUUCUCAGACGUGGUUACAGUGAUGAAGACAUCAAGAAAAUUGCGGGCUUAAACUUGAUUCGAGCCAUGAAGAAGAUGGAACAGGUCGCCAAGGAAACGCAGUCACGUGUCAAACCCUACGAUAACUUCAUAGCAGUGAACAAGACAUGCAGACCUWUGUUUAGCUUUCCUUACUAAAUAUUCAAAAAUAAAACUCUGUUCAUUUGAAAA